GAGAGAGAACCAGUCUCAGAGAUGUCUGCAACUCAAGAUGACGAGAAGAAGCCUGGUGAUCAAUCCCACAUCAAUCUCAAGGUCAAGGGUCAGGAUGGCAAUGAGGUGUUCUUCCGUAUUAAGAGGUCUACUCAAUUGAAGAAACUUAUGAAUGCUUAUUGUGACCGACAAUCCGUGGAAUUCAACUCUAUUGCUUUCUUAUUUGAUGGGCGUAGACUUCGAGCCGAGCAGACCCCUGAUGAGUUGGAAAUGGAGGACGGAGAUGAAAUAGAUGCUAUGCUUCAUCAGACUGGAGGUAGUAUGAUCUAGAUCUUGAUGUUCCUCAAUACGAAGGAAUUUUAGGUUGUUUUCAGAUUAAAGACCAUGUUUAAAACUACUCUAUUGUAACUUGAUUUGCCUAAUCAUAACUUUCUGCUCAUCUAAGCUCGGUUUGUUGAAGCAAAA